AUGGACGGCGAGGAUCUGCGGAAUGGUGAUGGUGGGGGGAGGAUGGUCGCUAAACAUGGUGGGGGUGAUGAGUUGAAUGCGGGGAAAGAGAGAGGUUUGAAGAGUGGGGAGGAGUUGGAGAGUAAGGAGAGAGAGGUGCUUGAAAUGAGUGGCGAUGAUGGGGAAGAGAAGGAGGAGAAAGGCGAGGAGGACGCGGUGGAGGAGGAGGAGGAGGUGGAAGAAGCUGACGAAGAGGAGGAAGGGGGGGAGGAAGAGGAAGGGGAAGAGAAUGAGGAAGAUAUUAUCGAGUCUCUCAUUAGAGAGAUUGAUGCGUGGAAGGGGGAAGGGAGUGCUCAAAUGGAAGGGCAGGGGGGAAUUGACCGCAGGGAAAAGGGAGAGUCGGCGUUCCGGUGGCGGAACGAGGUGGGAGACGAGGAGGAGAUGCUGACUCAGCACCACGACAGCUACCAAUGGCAGUGGCCCGUGGCGCGGCUGGGCGACAGCUGGCGCGGCAUGUUCAUGCGGGAAGCCCGAUAUGACAUUGUGGUAAGCGCUGAGUUAAGUGGAGUGUUUAGUUAG